AUCUCAGUUGCGUUUCCACCGUUGUGGCGUUAAAAUGUACCCUCUGCUCUGGAUUAUAAACUUUUGUGCUCUAACUUUUAUCUCGAUAUUCAGUGAACAUUUUCUAAAUCAAGUGAUUUGAACUAUGGUGGUAGAAAAAUAAAGUUUCCCCAUAUACAUUUUUUUUUUCUAAAGUAUAAAUGAAACUUAAUCUGAACUUGUGAAGAAGGUUUUCGUUAAAGUGGCCAUUACACCGAGAGUCAUGUGCAUAUGGAAAUUUGAUUUUAAAUUAAAACAGAUACUUGAUCACUUAAUCUAAACAACAAAAAUAUCAAGAAAAAAACUUAAGAAAUGUGAUGAAAUUUGUGAAAAAAAAUGAAGAAAAACUGCAAAAUUGCAAGAACUAAUAACUGAUGAACCAUCCAAAUACCCAAAAAUGGAUAACUAUUUGUAGUGUUGUGCUAAACCUGCCAAAAAAAAGACUUCCUAGUUUGUCAUAAGAAAUUGAAAAAUGGUGAAGAGAAGAGGUGUGAUGCAAAAAAUAUUCCACUUAAUUGUGUUUACUGUGAAAUUAACUGUAUUAGAUAUUACUAUGUAUAGCUUGUUAUCACCUGCUGUUAGUGUUUCAAAUACCACAGACUUCCAUAAAACAACAAUCUCAAGUGGGAUCGAAAGCUUUGAGUCCAAGCUCAAUGGAGGCUACGAACUACAAUGCUGGAAUUCUACCUACAACAUGGAGACUGAACUUGAGUGCCGAUGCAGCGGAAGCUCUUUAAUGAGGAUCCCUCAAAUCUUUCCAAAAACUGUUCAAUCUCUUACAAUUGUAUCAGCUGGUAUUCAAACUCUAAGAGCAGCUGGACUGAGGCUCUAUUCACAAAACUUAAAAGAUUUAACACUCACCGAUCUACCCAACUUUCGAGAAAUUGAAUCAAGAGCUUUUGAAAAUAUGAAUCAACUCCGCACAAUAUAUAUUUCUCAAGCACCAAAUUUGCAGUUCUUGUCAGCAGAUGUAUUUCAAGGAAUCUCCAAAUCCCUCAAGACACUGAGAAUCCUCAACUGUGGUCUAGAGAAAGUACCCGAUUUGAGAUAUUUGUAUUCGGAUGUGAUUUUACAGAUGGUUGACUUGGAGGGGAAUCGUAUAUCCAGGAUAGAGGAAAAGUCUGUGAGAGUGAAGACUGAACAAUUUAUUCUUGACAAUAAUGACUUGAGAAUUGUGGAGGAUUCUGCAUUUGAGGGAUCAGAAAUUGCUACAUUAAGCCUGAAGGGCAAUACUCAAUUGAGGAAUUUCCAUGACCUAGCGUUUCAGGGUAUUCUCAGUAUUCAAGAACUUGACUUGUCGAGUACAUCGCUUGAAGCCAUCCCAACUGAUGGUCUUGGUGGUCUUGAGAUUCUUCGUAUUCAAAAUACUCACUCCUUGAAAGUCAUUCCGUCUGUCUACAAGUUCAAGAGCUUGAGGGAAGCCUGGCUAACGCAUCCCUUCCACUGUUGUGCUUUCAAGUUUCCCUCUCGACAUGAUCCCCAGAACCAUGCUAAGCGCCAGAAGCACUUAUCCCUCCUUCAGAAGAAGUGCCAGGUUUUCACCAAUCAGGAAUCCAACACAAUUUCCAUAGACGAGAACACCAGCUAUGGCUGGCACAGUCGGGAACGUCGCAGUUGGACUAAGGGUGCAAGAAUGCUGAAAGUCAGCAAAAUGAGAAGAGCACGGGAAUUGGCAGAUAAUUCAUCAAACAGACAUUUCGAUAGGUUGCUGUCUACAGAAGAAGGUAGCAGCAGUAAUUCCUUUGAGGACAACGAUGGGGACUUUGGUGUCUUUCAUGACGACUCAGCUGAUGUCUCGCCCCAUCUUCAAGCAACUUGUGGGAAUCUUACUCAGGAGAAAAUUGACAUCAAGUGCUUUCCCAUUCCCGAUGCUUUGAACCCGUGCGAGGAUGUUAUGGGUAGUCACUGGCUGAGGGGUUCUGUCUGGAUAGUUGUGCUAUUGGCUGUCUUCGGGAACACGGCUGUUCUCAUUGUUCUCUUCUCCAACAGAUCUGACGUCACUGUUCCAAAAUUCUUGAUGAGCAACCUGGCUUUUGCUGAUCUCUGUAUGGGCUUCUAUCUGCUGCUGAUAGCUGCCAUUGAUGCCCAUUCAAUGGGAGAAUACUUCAAUUUCGCCUUCGACUGGCAAUAUGGAUCAGGAUGCAAGGCAGCUGGCUUCCUCACCGUCUUCGCGAGUCAUUUAUCAGUGUUCACAUUGACAAUAAUCACCAUUGAAAGGUGGUUUGCCAUCACAUAUGCCAUAUAUUUGAACAGACGUAUUAAAUUGAAAGCGGCUGCCAACAUCAUGAUUGGUGGUUGGAUAUUCUCAAUUGUUAUGGCUGGUUUGCCAUUGCUUGGCAUCAGCAAUUACUCCUCAACGAGUAUCUGCCUCCCCAUGGAAGCUCGAGAUUCAUACGAUAUCUCGUAUUUGAUCACAGUUCUUGCAAUCAAUGGAUUGGCUUUCGUUAUAAUUGUUAUUUGCUAUGCCCAGAUUUACUAUUCUCUGGGCAAGGAGACUCGACAAGCUGCAAGGAAUGCUUCGAGUGGAGAGAUGACCAUCACCAAGAAGAUGGCUCUUCUAAUAUUCACAAAUUUUGCCUGUUGGAGUCCUAUAGCAUUUUUUGGUCUAACAGCUCUGGCUGGAUAUCCAUUGAUUGAUGUGGCCAAAUCAAAGAUCAUCCUUGUCUUUUUCUACCCUCUCAAUUCAUGUGCAAAUCCCUACUUAUACGCCAUUCUCACUAGUCAAUAUCGACGGGAUUUGUAUCUGCUUCUAUCAAGAUGCGGUUUCUGCAAGAGGCGUGCCAUGGAGUACAAAUUGACGUAUUCAGUUGCAACGCAAAAUACAUUUCCUCUCAUUGCUAGGAAUUCCCUUCCUGAAAACCAAUCAAGGAAAAGUAGCAGAGGGAUUACGUCUGAGGUUUUCGUUUGAUGCCAUUCCACAAUUCCAGCAUAAAAUAAUAAUAAAUGAGCAGAAGGAAAUUAAAAUUUGUUGACAACCACUAGCCUGGCUUCAGUUUUUUUUUGGAAUCAUCAUUGUGAUACUUGUAAUUACAUUUAAGGAUCAAAAAGUAGAACAAGUAACAAUUGCUAUGUAUACAUAUUUAAGAUCUCUUUUUUUUUUGGUAUAUCAGAGCUCGAUAUUAAAUUUGCAUUGGAAGAUUGCGAAGUUUGAGUCCAUUUAGGUUUAUGAAUUGUUAAAAUAUUUGUUUCUCUGUCGAGAAACAUUUCAUAACGUAAUUUUAUUUCAUGUACAACUUGUAUGUAUAACACUCUUGAAAUCUCUUACUCAAACCCAUAUAUAUAGCGUUGUAUUAUUAAUGUUAUUAACUAGUGCAAUAAAGGAUGAAAACAGUAUUACCUGC